CCGUCAAAAUAAAUCUAUGGAAGUCCCCAAAAUACGAGCAUAAAUAACAGCUUGAUAGGCCGAUAAUUAAUUAGCCCGGUAAUUAAUUGGCUCUAUUUCAGUCACCGCCAACAUGAGUCAACCAUGGAUUUCGAUGGUGGUGCUGCUGUUCUGCUACUGCGGUGGACCCACCUUCACGGCUAUCACAGCGGCCUUAGAGGCCCAGACACUGGAUGCGCUCACCGUUUGCCCGCCAAGUGUGGGCUGUCUGAAGGGCACAACCCUCGCUGGCUACCAAGCGGAGCGGUUCGAGGCCUUCAUGGGCAUUCCCUACGCCCUGCCGCCUGUCGGAGAACUGCGAUUCAGUAACCCGAAGGCGAUGCCGAAGCUGAGGGGCGUGUACAACGCCAGCUGGCCGAGGAUGGACUGCAUCCAAAAGAACUAUCUGCUACCCACUCCCAUCGUUUAUGGGGAAGAAGACUGUCUAUAUCUGAAUGUCUAUCGCCCAGAGCAUCCGACCAGAUUCCAGUCAUCCAACCUCCCAGUGAUGGUCUACAUUCAUGGCGGUGGUUUCUUUGGCGGUUCUGCUGGACCAGGUGUCUCAGGACCCGAGUAUUUCAUGGACUCCGGAGAGGUAAUACUGGUAACAGUGGCAUAUCGACUGGGACCGUUUGGCUUUCUGUCCACUCACGAUUCUGCGAUGCCCGGAAACUUUGGUCUGAAGGACCAGAAUAUGGCCUUGCGUUGGGUACAGCGAAAUAUUCGCUACUUUGGGGGUGAUCCUUCGAGUGUGACUAUCUUCGGACAGAGUGCCGGAGGUGUGGCGGCCCACAUGCAUCUACUGAGCCCUCGCUCCAGAGGACUCUUUCACCGCGUAAUCAGCAUGAGUGGCACGGCCAAUGUGCCGUUUGCCAUUACAAAUGAGCCCCUAAGGCAGGCUCGUCGCCUAGCCGAGUUGGCCCAUGUGAAGGAUGCCCGGGAACUGAGCACUGUAAAGCUAACCCGGGCACUCCGUCGAGUAAAUGCCGAAGACUUGCUGAAUGCGGGCGAUGGCCUCAAAUACUGGGAUGUCGAUCACAUGACCAACUUCCGUCCAGUCGUCGAGAAGGGGAUUCCCGAAGGAGAGGUCUUCUUGGGUGAGCAUCCAAAGGAUACGUUGAAAAACGGUAAGCGGCCGGCACUGCCCUUGCUCCUCGGCACUGUGCCUGGGGAAGGAGCUGUUCGGGUGGUGAACAUCAAUGAGAACCAUACUCUUCGCGAGAGCUUCAACUCCCGCUUCGACGAACUUCUGCAAGAGCUAAUGGAGUUCCCUCCUGGACUGGACCAGCAGAGACUCAAGCAGGGAAUGAAGCUUCUGGUGGGCGAGUACUUCCUGGGCCAGCACAAAGUCAACGAUGAGACUGUCCAAGGUUUCAUGGAUUUAAUCACGGAUAGGGGCUUCAAGCAACCGCUCUACAAUACCAUUCGCCAGGAAGUUUCCCGUGGAUCGAAUCCUGUAUUCCUGUACAGCUUCAACUACCGAGGUCCUCUUAGCUAUGCCUCGGCGUAUACCAUCGCCGAUGUGUCUGGAAAAUACGGAGUGGUUCACUGUGAUGAUCUGCUUUACCUUUUCCGGAGUCCUUUACUUUUCCCAGACUUUGAACGAAACUCCACCGAAGCCCAAGUGAUGAAGUCUUUUGUGGAUUAUUUUGUACACUUUGCAAAGUUUGGAAAACCAAGAAGUUCUGAGACUCUGACGCAGUGUACCCAUGAACUGCUACAAUCACGUCCAAAUGGCAUUUGCGAUUACCAAGAAUUCGUAAACUCCCCCAAGGGCUUUGAAAUCCAGGUGGCCAAAGAAUUUCAGAUCGACAGGGUUAAGCUCUGGGCCAGUAUACUGGAUGAGGAGAGCAGUGGUUCCUAGUCAUUAUAGACAGAAA